AUGCAGUUCUUGGCAGAAGAAGUGGAAGGUGUAGUUGCAGCACAAAGAGUUAAAGGCAUUACCACAGGCAUUACACGUUGCAUUUUAGAUGGUGGUAGCCAAGCAAGUUUUGUUCACACAAACCUCAUUGCAAAACUGAAGCUUAAAGUUGUCAGUUCUGCCUCACUUUCAGUUCAAGCAUUUGAAUCUUUUACUUCACAAGAACAACGUAGAUGUGUUCAACUGUCACUUUCAAGUUUGUGGAGCAACCAAUCAUUUUUGAUCUCCGCAUUUGAAAGCUCCAAUUCCUAUACUACACAUCCUACUGCUCCACCAGAAAUAGUUCACUUUGCUCAGAAGAAAAGAUUGAGAAUUGCUGAUCCUCCGGAUGACUCUUCACUGCCCAUAGAAAUACUUAUUGGUGGUGAUCAUUAUUGGCAAAUUGUUUCCACAGAAGCUCCAAUCAAGCUUUCAGAAUCUUUUGUUAUGGUACCGUCAGUGUUUGGAUGGGUUCUUAGUGGAACAAGAACACAUACUACAAUCGCUGAGAAGACUUCUGUCCAUCAAGUUUGUGUGCAAGUUAAAACUGAUUGUUUAAAUGAUCAGGGAUACAAGAUGCGCAGAAAAGAAAAGAAGAAACGAAAAAUGACUACUCGAGAUGAUGAAGAAAUUUUAUCAGAAUUUCACAAAACUUACAACACUGAAGACAAUCGAAGAAUUGUGUCUCUGCCUAGAAAACCAUUGGUCACACCUUUGCCUACAAACAAAAUUAUAGCGGAAAACAGAUUUCAUUCUCUUCAAAAAAGACUUGCAUCUAGUGAUGUGUUAAAGACACAAUAUGACAAAUGCAUGCUGAAUUACAUUGAACAAAAGCAUGUUGAAGUUUGUUCCAUAGAUGAAUCCAAUGAGAAGCCAGUAUAUUACCUUCCUCAUCAUGCUGUAAGAAAGAAAACACAAUCUGAAACCAAGUGGAGAAUUGUGUUUGAUGCUUCCUCGCAUGCUCCAGGAAUGAUUUCACUGAACGAUACCUUGGAAGCUGGCCCGAAUCUUCUUCCUGAAUCUAUUGGUUGUCUACUAAGAUUUCGAUUGCAUGAAUUCGCUGUUACAUGUGAUGGUAAGCAAGCUUUUUUACAGUUGUCACUACAUAAAGAAGAUAGGGACGUCACAAAAUUUUUCUGGUACAAAUUAAAAUCUGAUUCAUCUCAACCUACUACUUUUACAGAUGAAAUAACUGUUUACAGAUUUACUCGUUUACCAUUUGGCCUUACUUGCAGUCCGUUUUUACUCUGUGCUGCGACACGAGAAUUGGCUGCAAAACAUAUCGCAGAAUUUCCAAUUGCUGCACCAAUGAUAGAUAAACAUCUCUAUAUGGAUGACUUUCUUGCUAGUAUGGAAACUGAAUCACGCAUUAUAAUGCUAUAUCACGAGAUCAAGAAUUUAAUGGCUCUAAUAAAAUUGCCUAUGGAAAAAUGGGCUACAAACUCUUUGAAACUCAAAGAUGUACUACAAACACAUGAAGAAUCUCACAAAACGGAAACAACUGUCUUAGAUACAUGGAUUCUUGGAAUCAAGUGGGAUGAAUUACUACCUGCUAAUUUAUCAACUUUAUGGUAUGCAGCUGUGAAAGAACUUGAUGACAUUUGCUCCCUUCAAAUUCCUCGAUGCAUAGGGAUUUCAUCACAUGUUCCUUUUGCUAUUCAUGUGUUUUGUGACGCAUCUGAACGUGCCUAUGGUUCAGUUCUGUACAUUGUUACCUUUAAAGGUGACCAAUCGAAUGUGAAUUUAGUGUGUAGUCGCAACAAACUAGCUCCUAUAAAGAAAGUUACCUUACCUCGUUUGGAGCUCUUGGCCGCCCUGAUGGGAGCACGAUUGUUGCAAUAUUUCUGUGCUGAAACAAACAUCUGUUCGUCAAAUGCAACAUUGUGGAGUGAUUCUCAAGUUGUCUUAGGGUGGAUACGCAGUGACCCCAACAAAUGGAAAACUUUUGUUAGCAACAGAGUAACAGAAAUUAUUUCCUAUACCAAUCCUUCACAAUGGAGACAUUGCCCUGGCAAAGACAAUCCAGCUGACAAACUUUCUCGAGGUGUUUCACCAUCAACACUAAAAAACCUGGAAAUUUGGUGGAACGGCCCUCCAUGGUUAGUCAAAUCUCUAGAAUAUUGGCCUCAUUCUGAUACUAUUUCUAAAGAUUACAGUCAUAACUUCGAGGCAAAGAAAGAAAAAGUUCAGACCCUUCACAUCGUAUCUACUCAACCAAUCAUAAAGGCUGGAAACUACAGUUCUUACGUUCGAUUGUUACGUGUAACAUCUUGGAUUCUUCGCUUUAUUCACAACUGUAGGAAACAAAAAAAGUUAGUGGGUGAGUUACAUGCCACAGAACUGAAUCAAGCUCGUAUUUAUUGGAUACAGACCGUUCAGAAAAAGAAUCCUUUCCUUCAGAAUAUGAAGCUCUGUUGA